CUGUCACACAGGUGCUCGUGCGUAGAGCUCCAGACGUUAACUUUUUAACGUCUCAAAUUGAAAAGGAAAGACGAUUUUUGAGGGAAUAUUCUGACUUUUUGUAACGCUUUAAAGGUCCGGUGUGUUUUAUAAGUACUCUCUGACAAAAAGUUAAUGGAAGACAGAGAAAUUUGAGCGAUGAAGACAGAGGGAAAUUAAACAUUCGUGUCUGAGUGGAUUAACGUUGAAAGGAGGAGACGAAAGGCGACGUUGAUAAACAAUGAGCACAGCUCUUCUGCCUUCCAAGAUGAAUCUGCCCUCAUCAGUGAAGAUUAAGCCAUGGUCUAGGAUUCCAUAUCAACUAUUUUGGGGACCUUAACAGACUGGAGUAUCCUUGUUAAAGGCCUAGGAUACUUCUCUCAUCUUCAUCGGAUCUAUUCAGAAUUGUUAAGCCACAGGAGAGCUCGAGUUUGUGGAUUUUAUUCCUGUUAAGUGUCAUGUAAGUAAAUAAGAAGACGAGACAUUUGGAAAGGCAGUGACAAGUUGAUAGAGGGUGAGAUCCCUCACACUCACUGGUCACAAUGCCGGACCAGUCGCAGACUUUUGAAGAGAAGGGGAUGGCUGGAGAAGAGGCACCACAGGUGUCUGUAGUGCCAGACAUUAAGGUCAUCUCCAGUGACAGGGGAGGCAGAAUCCCUGGAGGGGAUACCAUGGAGCUGGGCGACAUUAUUAAAAAAGCAGAUGGAGUAAAACAACCUACACAGGACAGUGAUGUUUCAAAAUUAGAUCCUAAUGAAUCACAGGUUGUUGUCGAGGUUGGUGUGGCUAAAACAGAGCAGGCUGCUGAACCUCUAAAAGCUAAUUGUUUGUUAAAGGGAGCUGGUGUGACCCCACCUGAAGAUGGACUACGGACUGACAGCAACACUAGUGACUCUGACUACAACAGCACAAAGUCCAGCCCUGGACAUGCUAACACCAGCUUCAGCACUGACCUCUGUGAUGAGGAGUUAUCCGAGCUCGACACAACCUCCUUGGAAAAAAAGAACCAUAUCUCUCCUCUUAAUUUCUCUGAUCCCAGUUUAGACAAAGCCACCAAAUACAAUCCAAAGGAUGAUGAUGGCAAUUCACGAACAGACCGGAUAGAAAAAGAAAAAGCAGAGAAAUCAUUUACUGAAGUUUCAUCUGACGUUUUCAUACCAAGGGACAGCAUCGACGUCAGGUCAGAGGAUGAGGAUGAAGAUGGGGACAGGCGGAGCAUUCGGUCCAGACAGAGCAUUAAAGAGGGGGUGUGCUGCUGCUAUCAGGCGUUCCACAGGGCUUGUCUGCAGUGUGUGGAGGAGACGCCGGCCAUGCUGUCGGGACUGGUGUUGUCUUUGGCCUUCUGUGUGGCCCUAAUUGUCCUCAUCCCCACCACAGGACGGGCAUCUGCUCAGAACAUCGAUGACCAUGUAGGGGCGUUGUCUGUGUUGUGCAUCGUUCUCUGUCUGAGUGCCAUCUUGCUAAUCUGCCUGCCUUGGCUGGCCACAGUGAGGCGCUGUGGAGGAGCCCUAGCCCUCUUCGUCUGGGGGGCUCUGUACACUACGGCCAUAGUGUUCAUUUUUACCGGGGGACCUGUCACUGCGUGGGAACAGGUGGCGUUUUUCCUCUUCCUCUCUCUGAGUGUUUACACGGUGCUUCCUUUGUCGAUGGCCUGGGCACUCAUGGUCGGGAUUGGGACCAGCGUUUCACACAUCAUCAUCAUCAGUGUUUACGUCCCUGUGACAGAGCCAGAGACACCAGAUCUAGCUGUGCAGCUGAUUGCCAAUGCCGUGCUCUUUGUGUGUGUGAACUGUGUUGGGAUUUUCCACCUGUGGACAACGGAGCAUGAUCUGAGGGUAUCCAACCAGAAGAGAGAGGAGUUCAGCGCCAUUCGCUCCCAGAAGGAAAUAAGGAAAUAUCAGCAGGAGCAGCUCCUCCUAUCAGUGUUGCCACGUUAUAUCGCCAUGGAGCUGAGAACGGAGGUAAUAAAUAGACUCUCCAAGCCAACCAGCGAUAAGGAGAAUAAUUCCAACUUCCACAACUUUCACAGCCUCUACAUACGGCAGCACAAAGACGUCAGCAUCCUGUACGCAGACAUUGUGGGCUUCACAAAGCUGGCGAGUUCCUGCACACCAGAGGAGCUGGUCGCUGUGCUUAACAAGCUGUUUGGCAGAUUUGAUGACAUCGCCAAGAAGAAUGGGUGUCUACGCAUUAAGAUCUUAGGUGACUGCUACUACUGUGUUUCUGGCCUUCCUGACCCCAUUCCCACACACGCCAAAAACUGUGUCCAGAUGGGGCUUGACAUGUGCACCGCCAUCAGUAAACUACGAGAGGCCACAGGGGUUGAAAUCAGUAUGCGAGUUGGGGUCCACACCGGGAACGUGCUCAGCGGUGUGAUUGGCUUGCAGAAAUGGCAGUAUGAUGUGUGGUCACAUGACGUUACAUUGGCCAAUCACAUGGAAUCUGGCGGUCUACCUGAGCGAGUCCACAUCACAGAGGAGACACUGCAGCACCUGGACGGAGCGUACCAAGUGGAGGAUGGGGAUGGAGGGAGUCGAGAUCCCCUUCUUAAAGGAAGAAAAACUUUCCUAGUGAUUGACCCACACAAGCCUCACAGCAGUUCAAGGAGACCUAAAGCAGUAAACACUCUGGUGUCAGCAGAGCCCAGGCAGCGUGCCUCAGUCCGGAUGUCCCAGUACCUACAGUCCUGGAGGACCAUCCACCCCUUCGCAGACCUCAGUAACCCUGAUGCCACACCCUCCAAGAAGAGAAAACUGCCAAGGAGCAUCACCAACGUCAUGAAGCACACACAUCCACCUGCUUUGAGACGACCUCGCCAGAGUGAUUCCUCAGUUGUGACUAUGAAUAACAGCGUUGGAGGAUCACUGGACAGGCUGGACACUGCAGGGAAGAAACUAAAGAAGCUCAACUGUUUUACUCUGCUGUUCAACGACCUGAGCCUGGAGAGAAAGUUUCGUUUCUCAGAAGUCGAAGGCUUACAUCACUCUAUGAGCUGCGUAGCACUGAUCUUCGUCACUCUGUUUGCUGUCCAGAUGCUCGUCUCUAGGAAAAACUUUGAGAUGGCAGUGUCCUACGGCGUUACCUUCCCUGUGCUGAUACUGCUUCUGUCCAUCGCCUUCACUGGAUACUUGGAGAAAUGGCGUUCAAAGAUGCCUGUAGGUGUCCAGUGGAUAUCUGGGCUCUCUAGAGGUGUUUCAACCAGGGCGGUACUACGAAUCUUUGUGGUUUGUCUCUGUGUGCUCAUCACACUGCUUAUGGCCAUUCUCAACUUUUUCUUUCUUCCAGGAAAUAACUGCACAGCAAUUGUCAACAGGACAGAACUGGAAGAACUUAAACUCUACACUGUUCCUUACUACCUGUACUGUUGCUUGCUGGCCAUGCUAGGAGUGAUCGUGUUCAUCAGGACGUGUAUGUCUGUGAAGGUGCUGCUGCUCACCCUGGCUGUGGUGGUUUACCUCGCCCUCUUCCUUCACGUCUACGCCCCGAGGUCCUACUGCCUCAUCGACCUGCUUUACAACAACACCACGCCAGGAGUACUGAAGGACCCUCAGAUCAUGUCUGGGGUCUGGCUCGUCAUUUUCUACAUCGUGUGCCUCAUUCUGGCCAGACAGGACGAGCUGGGUUGUCGUGUAGACUUUCUGUUGGAGCGUUGUUUCAUGGCAGAGAGAGAGGAGAUGGAGACCAUGGAGAACGUCAACAAGCUCCUCCUCCAGAACGUCCUGCCGCUUCAUGUUGCCUCGUUUUUCAUGGGCAAAGCUAUCCGCAACCAGGAUUUGUACAGCCAGUCAUAUGACUGUGUUUGUGUGAUGUUCGCCUCGGUGCCCCAGUUCAAAGAGUUUUACAGUGAGAGCAGCGCGAACAGGGAUGGGCUGGAGUGUCUCCGCUUCCUCAACGAGAUCAUAUCGGACUUUGAUGAGCUUCUGUCCAAGCCAAAAUUCUGCACAGUGGAGAAGAUAAAGACGAUCGGCAGCACCUACAUGGCUGCUGCUGGGCUCACACAGUCACCUCAAGGGGACGAAACAAAGAAAGUUGAGAUGUCCUACAGUCAUGUGCGCUCCAUGGUGGAGUUUGCCAUUGCUCUGAUGAACAAACUGGAGCUUAUAAACACACACUCCUUCAACAGCUUCAAACUCAGGAUUGGAAUAAACCAUGGUCCUGUGAUUGCAGGAGUAAUAGGAGCUCAUAAACCUCAGUAUGACAUCUGGGGGAACACUGUGAAUGUGGCCAGCAGGAUGGACAGCACAGGAGUGUUAGACAAGAUACAGGUGACAGAGGAGACAGCACGGAUGGUGGAGAGCGUGGGACACAGCGUCACUGUCAGGGGAGUCGUCCACGUCAAGGGGAAAGGAGAUCUCACCACCUACUUCGUUAACACGGACCAAUCAUCUCCUCAGUUCUGACCUCCUUUGUUUGAUACUGAACAUCACACAGACUUGUGUACAAACUUCACAUUGGUGUUUGUUUUCAUGUGCCUGGACUGAAUGGCUCAGUCUCAGGACCUUUUAGGACUAACCGGUCUUUAGUCCACUUGGACGCCCAGUGACUUUAUAAUGACCAUGUUUAUUUGCACUGACUCUGCUGUUGCAACAUCACUAAAGGAGAUGCACUUGUCUUAAGGAUGAGACAGUAAUUAACAUCCUGAAACAGGGUUAAAUGAAGGAGCUUUCCACCUGUGGAGUAUUUAAUGGCAGCUGUAAUGCAAAUUAUCUGUACUGUAGCAGGGUCAUCCUGUGAAGCUGCACUCCCCAUCACACGUCUGAAUUAUGUUUGUCGAACUGAGGCACAAAUCACAAGUGUUUUUCUUCAUCCUUGUCUAUACUGCUUUACCCGUGCGGGGUCGCGGGGAGCUGCAGUUGAACCCAGCUGUCACUGAAUGAGAGGCACCCUGGACCGGUCACUAGUUAGCCACAGAGACAAAACAAGUCAUCAAUAACCUAACAAGUAUGGUUAGGUCUGUGGGAGGAAGCCGGAGGAACCGGGGAGAACAUGAAAGUCCACAUACAACAAGGAUUUGAACCAGGAACCUUCUUGUAGUGAGGCAGCAUGCACUAACCACUGCACUACCACACAGCUCUGAGAUGUUUAUUUAAUUUAUUAAAAAAUAACAGAUUUGUCUUAGCUCUACCAGAGGUUAUGUGGGUUUAUGAAGUGUAUUUUAAGAAGCAAGAAAUGGCAUUUUUAACUGUUGAAAUGAUCGUAUUUAAAGUUUACAUUUUACUUUUACUUUACUCCAUUUUUGUUCCUCUAAAACAAAACAUUUUGGCCUUUUUUUAUGACGUGCAAUAAUUCAUAUUAGCCCAUGACAGACUAAAGAAUGUUUUAAGAGAAUGGGGCAGUUGUGCACUUAAAACAUGUUUUGUCAAUUUUACUUUUACUGACAAAAUCCCAAAAAGUUGUUGGAGAAACUGAAGUUUUGAUGGUACACUACUGAACACUAGACUUGAACUGUACUUUUAUUUUCCCAUUGUCUUGUCUUGUCUUGUAUUUAACCAAUACUCUACCUUUGAAAAAAGAUAAAAACGAAGCAACCAGGGUAAUUCACUCUGACAUUACACAUUUUUUAAUGGGUAAAGGUCAGAUGAGCUUUGUUUUAGGUUUCAAUGACCAAAAGGAGAAGAAAGCCUGGAAAAAUGUACUAUUUCUGUCCUUAAUUUAAUUUAUCACAUUUGCUUUGACGCUUAUCUCCUUGCAUACUGAGAUUAUGUGCCAUGAAAAGUCAAAUAACAUGUUUGAAGUUGCACUUUCUUAAAUGAUUUUAUUUUGAAAUGAAGUUCUGCAUUACAGCUUCGAAACUGCACAGAAUAGUUGUCCUGUUUUGUUUCUGAGGGAUGACGUGAAUGCAAAAAAGAGCACGAGUUUGUCCCGUGAAUAAAGGGAGUAUUUUUAUAUGUUUUAUUUAUAAACCAAAUA